UGUGGUCUGCAAAGCUCGGAUGAAGGGAGCAACCGUCUGAGCAAUUAACAUUACCGUGUUUGGUUUGCCCUUCAAUGUGCUUUCCUUCGUCUUCGGCUCGUCAUCCACCCCGUCGAUCCGACCCCAAGCAAGAUGGAGGAGACAACGAACCGUCCCGAAGGGGCGAACAUGACUAAGGCCGUGAAGGACAAGACCUGUCCCUACUGUCAGCAAGCCUUUACGUCUUCGUCUCUGGGCCGCCAUCUCGAUCUCUACAUCCGGGAGAAGAAUCCGAAGGCGCCGGACGGUGUGCACGAUGUAGAAGCCAUUCGAAAGAUCAGGCAGAAUAUCACCCGUCGGCAGCCGAAGGGUAGUGUAGCACGGCGGGCCGCUUCGGCGUCGCUAUCUGGCGCUCACACCACAUGUUCAAGGAGGAGUCCUGGAAACACCGAGUCUCCUGCCGCGAGUUCUCCACUCACCCACACAAGCGGAACGCCGGCACUGGGCAUGACUCCGAGGAGCUAUCCGUUCAACACCUCCUGGGACGCCAGCGGGGUUAAUAAUGAUCUCACGGCGUCAGAGGGCGGGGUGAGCGGUUGCUUCAAUGCAGAUGGAGCUGGUCGAGGACCAAAGCUCAGGUUACCUCAGCACCCUGUCAACCGGCAAACAUUGAAGCAGCAGUUGGAAUUGAGGCAUCAGGUCCAGGAAGCCCAGGACACAUCGCGAGCUGCAGAGCUGGCCUUGCGGGAACUGCUUGGUUCGUUGAGAGCUGCCAAACAGAAACUCGACACUGGCUCGAUGCCGUUUGACUUUGACCCGUUCUCGUUAGACUUCCCGGCUCUCACACUACAGUGCCUCCAGCCUCCACCGACGCUGUUCGCCUCAACGCAGCACGCCACGCUCACCUCGUGGUCAAUUCUCCCUCCUGGGCAGAGCCAACUGGAGGCGCUACACGCCUACUUCCAGGAGGAGUUUAGGCGAUGGAAGAUUGCCUGUGUCUCAGCCACUACGGCCGUCACCGAGGGGCCGGCGUACGCUCGCCCCUUGAACCUCGCCGUUACGGACAGGGAAACCGAGGCCCGGAAGGCUGAAGCGGCAGCCGAGAAGAUGGAAAAGCACGUGUACGAUCAUCUCAACGCAGCCUACGCGAUUUGGAAUGGCCUCGCGCAGGAGCAGCGCGAACAACUAUGGAGGCUGGAGCUCGCUCGGGGUGUUGGCAGGAAACAGAAGGAAGUGAGCAAGCUGAAAGAAGGACAACAUUUGCUCAAACAAGAGAUUGCGACUUUGAAGACGCAAAUCGAGCAGUUGACUUGUCUCCAACAGCCGCGGGAGUUUAAUCUCGCACCACCCUCGACAGUUUACGUUGGGGAGAAAGUACUGUCACUCAUGCUGGAGGAAGGGCUGACGGACGGAAAACAUCCAGUGGGAUUGGACCUUGCUGAUCGCCACACGGACCUGAGUACUCUUGUUUCGUCGGUCAUUGAUCGAUGGAAGACUGUCAUUGUAUCGUCUCGCUCAGCAACCUCCGGUCUCGAGGCGCAACGGCCGUUGAACGCAGGAAUCCUGGGAGAGUCCAGCCCAAGCUCCCUACGUCAGCAAAAUCACGGGAUACACCAGUCGCGGCAGCAGUACCCGUCUACAACUAUCCCACAAGGGACGACUUACCCUGCUUCUGCUCCCUCAGCAAUAACAUCCUUCCCGCCACAUGCGAUGAGCAUACCCGCCGCUCCCAGCAUAGCGCCUUCGAUGAGCACACAAACAGGAGAGGGCGAGGAUGAGGAUAUGAGCGGUCAGCUCGGCGAGUCAGAUGCGGAGGGGGAUCCAGAUCCAGACCCUGCGCCGGACAGCGAUGCAGAAGGCGAUACCGAUGCUGACGCUGAUGCCGAUAUGGACGAUGACCCAGGGGAAUACGUCAACCAGCAACUUCAGCCGGCGCAGCAUCAGUUCCAACUGGCUGUUCCUAUGCAGGCACAGCAAAUAGGACAACUGCAAGUGUUGCGGACACGGCCGCAAGCGGGAGGGUCCAGGAGGAGCACGAGCGAUGGCGGCAUGGCUGGCCAUGGUGGCCUUGACCAGGGACAGAUCCAUGGACACGACCGGACGCCCAGCUGGACAUGACCACUGCUCUGCGAGUUCGGCGGCGAGAACACAAAGAUUCGGAAUUGGAUGCGGGAUGAAACCACA